GACGUGGAGGCUUUGCUGAACUCCAAGGAGGCUGCGCUCUCCACCGCCCUGGGCGAGAAGAGGAAUCUGGAGUCUGAAGUGCGGGACCUGAGGGCGCAGGUGGCCAAGGAAUUCCAGAAAAACAUCUACAGCGAGGAGCUGCGGGAGACCAAGCGCCGUCACGAAACCCGACUGGUGGAGAUCGACAACGGGCGGCAGCGGGAGUUUGAGAGCAAGCUCUCCGAAGCCUUGCAGGAGCUGCGGAGCCAACACGAAGCCCAGAUCAGGCUUUACAAGGAGGAACUGGAGAAGACCUACGGGGCGAAGCUGGAGAAUGCCAAGCAGUCAGCUGAGAGGAACAGCAACAUGGUGGGUGCUGCCCAUGAGGAGCUGCAGCAAACCCGCAUCCGCAUCGACAACCUCUCCUCUGAAGUCAGCCAGCUGCAGAAGCAGUUGGCUGCCAAGGAGGCGAAGCUGCACGAUUUGGAGGAUAUUCUGGCCAGGGAACGCGAGACCAACCGGCGGCUGCUCUCCGACAAGGAGCGGGAGAUGGCCGAGAUGCGAGCACGCAUGCAACAGCAGCUGGAUGAGUACCAGGAGCUACUGGACAUCAAGCUGGCUCUGGACAUGGAGAUCAACGCCUACCGCAAGCUGCUGGAGGGCGAGGAGGAACGGCUGCCCCCCAGCCCUCCCUCCCACAAAGGUGGAUCCCGUAGCCACUUGUCCACUCCGGGCUCCUCCAAGAAGAGGAAGCUGGAGGACAGCGAGGGUCGGACCAGCUUCUCCCACCACGCCCGGACAAGCGGCCGUGUCGGCGUGGAGGAGGUAGACUUGGAGGGCAGAUUUGUCCGUCUCAGGAACAAGUCCAACGAGGACCAGGCCAUUGGGAACUGGCAGAUCAAGCGGCAGAAUGGAGAUGAUCCCCCCAUCACCUACCGCUUCCCCCCAAAGUUCACCCUGAAGGCUGGCCAGGUGGUCACGAUCUGGGCCUCAGGGGCUGGGGCGACCCACAGCCCCCCCAGCAACGUAGUGUGGAAAGCCCAGAGCAGCUGGGGCUCCGGGGACAGCCUGCGCACUGCCCUGAUCAACUCCAACGGGGAGGAGGUGGCCAUGCGGAAACUGGUGCGCACCGUGAUCAUCAAUGAUGAAGAUGAGGAUGAGGAUGAGGAUGACAUCCACCACCGCCAUCACCAC